CACUGACACACACGCACGUCCACGCGUUUCCUCCUCCACGCUUGUUGGAGGUACCUCGCCGGCGCAGCAAGCUCCGAUCAGGUGCAGGAUGCCGUCAGUUUCGAGGGCCGUGUGCCUGCAGAGGCCGAGCACGAGCGGCGGCAGGAGGAACGGGGAGGCGGCCCGAUCGGCGGCGGCGCCGAGAGCCCGGCACGCGAAACCGAAGGUGAUCCGCUCGGGAUCGGGCUCGGCGCGGGGCCAGCAUUGCUCGCCGGUCAGAGCAGUCGCGGCGCCAAUACCCGCGACGAAGAAGCGGGUGUUCCACUUCGGCAAGGGCAAGAGCGAGGGCAACAAGGCCAUGAAGGAACUGCUGGGGGGCAAGGGCGCGAACUUGGCGGAGAUGGCGAGCAUCGGGCUGUCGGUGCCGCCGGGGUUCACGGUGUCGACGGAGGCGUGCGAGCAGUACCAGGCGGCGGGGCGGGCGCUGCCGCCGGGGCUGUGGGAGGAGACCCUGGAGGGCCUGCGGUGGGUGGAGGAGUACAUGGGCGCCAGCCUCGGCGACCCGGCCCGGCCGCUCCUCCUCUCCGUCCGGUCCGGCGCCGCCGUGUCCAUGCCCGGGAUGAUGGACACGGUGCUCAACCUGGGCCUCAACGACGAGGUGGCGGCGGGGCUGGCGGCCAAGAGCGGCGACCGCUUCGCCUACGACUCCUACCGACGCUUCCUCGACAUGUUCGGCAACGUGGUCAUGGACAUCCCUCAUGCACUUUUCGAAGAGAAACUCGAAGCCAUGAAAUCUGCCAAAGGGGUGCACAAUGACACCGACCUGACUGCCAGUGAUCUCAGGGAGCUAGUGGGUCAGUACAAGAAUGUCUACGUUGAGGCCAAAGGAGAAGAAUUCCCCUCAGAUCCGAAGAAGCAACUGCAGUUAGCAGUGCUGGCUGUGUUCAACUCGUGGGACAGCCCGAGAGCGAACAAGUAUAGAAGCAUUAACCAGAUCACCGGACUGAAGGGCACCGCCGUAAAUGUCCAGUGCAUGGUGUUUGGCAACAUGGGGAACACCUCUGGCACUGGUGUCCUCUUCACUAGGAACCCUAGCACCGGAGAGAAAAAGCUUUAUGGCGAGUUCCUUGUAAAUGCUCAGGGUGAAGAUGUUGUUGCUGGGAUCAGAACCCCAGAAGAUCUUGAUGCCAUGAGGGACCACAUGCCGGAGGCCUAUGUGGAGCUUGUUGAAAACUGCGAAAUACUAGAAGGUCACUAUAAAGAUAUGAUGGAUAUCGAAUUUACAGUUCAAGAAAAUAGGCUCUGGAUGCUACAGUGCAGAGGAGGAAAGCGCACGGGCAAGGGCGCUGUCAAGAUUGCUGUAGACAUGGUUAAUGAGGCUCUUGUUAAUCGCAAUACAGCGAUUAAGAUGGUAGAACCAGGUCACCUGGACCAGCUUCUUCAUCCACAGUUUGCGAACCCUGGGGCUGCUUCAUACAAAGGCAAGGUUAUUACCACAGGCUUACCAGCAUCACCUGGGGCUGCUGUGGGCCAAAUUGUAUUUACCGCUGAAGAUGCUGAAGCAUGGCAUGCCCAAGGGAAAUCUGCUAUUCUGGUGAGGACAGAGACCAGCCCAGAGGAUGUUGGUGGCAUGCAUGCAGCAGCUGGAAUUCUUACAGCAAGAGGCGGUAUGACUUCUCAUGCUGCUGUUGUAGCGCGUGGUUGGGGCAAAUGUUGUGUGUCAGGGUGUUCAAGCAUCCGUGUAAAUGAAACUGAAAAGGUGGUAACAAUUGAAGACAAGGUGCUCUAUGAGGGUGACUGGCUAUCACUCAAUGGAUCAACCGGUGAUGUGAUCCUUGGCAAACAGCCACUUUCCCCACCAGCCCUUAGCCCUGACUUGGAAACUUUCAUGUCCUGGGUUGAUGAAGUUAGGAAGCUCAAGGUUAUGGCUAAUGCUGAUACCCCUGGGGAUGCAUUGGCAGCAAGAAAAAAUGGGGCAGAAGGAAUUGGACUCUGUCGGACAGAACAUAUGUUCUUUGCUUCUGAUGAGAGGAUUAAGACUGUGAGGCAGAUGAUUAUGGCUCCAACUGUUGAACUGAGGCAGAAAGCACUAGAUCGUCUUCUGCCUUAUCAGAGGUCUGAUUUUGAAGGCAUUUUCCGUGCUAUGGAUGGUCUCCCGGUGACUAUUCGGCUCCUGGACCCUCCACUUCAUGAGUUCCUUCCAGAAGGGAACGUCGAGGAUAUUGUGCGCGAGCUAUGUUCUGAAACCGGAGCCGCUGAGGAUGAUGUCCUUGCAAGGAUGGAGAAACUUUCAGAAGUAAAUCCAAUGCUUGGUUUCCGUGGUUGCAGGCUUGGUAUAUCAUAUCCUGAAUUAACAGAAAUGCAAGCCCGAGCCAUUUUCGAAGCUGCUAUAGCCAUGACUAACCAGGGUAUUCAGGUUUUUCCAGAGAUAAUGGUUCCUCUGGUUGGAACACCUCAGGAAUUGGGCCAUCAAGUGGCUCUUAUCCGCCAAAUUGCCAACAAAGUUUUCACCAGUAUGGGGAAAACCAUUGGCUACAAAGUUGGGACUAUGAUAGAAAUUCCUAGGGCAGCUCUCGUGGCAGAUGAGAUAGCAGAGCAGGCCGAGUUCUUCUCUUUUGGAACAAAUGACCUCACGCAGAUGACGUUUGGUUACAGCAGGGAUGAUGUAGGGAAGUUCCUCCCCAUCUAUCUCGCUCAGGGUAUCCUCCAGCAUGACCCCUUUGAGGUGCUUGAUCAAAGAGGAGUGGGGGAGCUGGUUAAGAUUGCUACCGAGAGGGGUCGCAAAGCAAGGCCUAAUUUGAAGGUGGGCAUCUGCGGAGAACAUGGUGGAGAGCCAUCUUCAGUUGCUUUCUUUGCAAAGGCUGGGCUGGAUUAUGUUUCUUGCUCCCCUUUCAGGGUCCCGAUUGCUAGGCUAGCUGCAGCUCAGGUGCUCGUCUGAGGGGUGCCUCCUCAUGGUACCGGAUCACCAGCUGUUGGUGCAUCCGGAUGGUGAAGAAAAAUAAUACAUAGCCAGUGACUGGUGGAAACUCUGCUGCCUGACGAAGGCCAACGUAUAUAUGUAGUCUGCGCUUGUAAGCCUGAAGUGGGUGGUCGCAUGCAUUUCCCUUGAACUGUCAUGGUAAUGUAACCAAACAGCGAUGAUGACGAAUAGAGAUCGAAUAAAAUGUGUUGAUUGCCUGUGCUAUCAGCCCAGGAUGAUUCUUUUGA